AUGUCUGAAGCAACUCAGUCGUCGUCCUAUAUUCCACCCGUCUUUCGGGUUGAUACGGCUGUGCCAGACCGUUUAGUCUCUCUGAUUCCAGAUGAGCUUGCAGAAAAAGUCCCUGAGCAUCCUCUAUUUGCUUACCCAAAGACCACCAGACCACAAGACGGAUUCGUUGAGGUAACGGCAAAAUGUUUCGCCAACGCCAUAAACAGAACGAGUUGGUAUCUAGAAUCCACAUUAGGCAAGGCCACUCCGGGUGCAUUUCCAAGUGUGGGUUAUAUGGGAAGCAGUAUGGUUAACCCGUCAUUCAAAACUCCUCACGAUUGUAAAGGAAGCUUACCAGAUACAGGUGACCUUAGAUAUUUUUUGUUCCUUUUUGGUGCUAUAAAAGCUGGAUAUAAGAUGCUAUAUUUGUCACCUCGAAAUAAUGUCGCCGGCCAUCUCAACGUACUCGAAAAGUCCGACUGCAAUAUUUUCCUUUCGGCCAAAGAAACUCGUGUUGAACAUAUCCUAAGCCAGAGGAAGAUGCAGACCGCGAUUGUGCCAGAACUUGAAGAAUUAUUGGAUGAAACAUCAGCCCCAACAUAUCCAUACACAAAGACUUUUGAAGAGGCAAGAAAGGACCCUUGUCUCAUCCUACACACUACAGGAUCAACCGGAUUGCCAAAGCCCAUUACAUGGAAAUUGGAAAUUUUGAGUACCUAUGAAGCCUGGAGGACUAUUCCUUCCAUGGGUGAGUACGUGUCGAUGACUGAGAUUUAUCAAGAAGCCCACAGGGCAUACAAUGCGAUGCCUCUGUUUCACACCAGUGGAUUAAACACUGGAAUAACACUCUCGCUUCUUCUUGGUGUCACCACGGUCUUUGGUGCUGCCAAUGUGGUACCAAAUGCUGCUUAUGCAGAUGAGAUGCACAAGUACGCUGGUGUUGACGCCUCAAUUGGACCACCAUCCCUUUAUGAGGAUCUAAGUCAUGAAACCGACACCCUUGACAGGAUUGAUACGCUUCGCUAUGUUCUUGUAUGUGGAGCUCCCCUGUCACAAGUGGCAGGCGAUGUCGUAUCUAAGAGAACCAGACUCAUCUCCAACUUUGGAGCCACUGAGACGGCAUGCCUACCAAGACUAGCCCCUGGACGGGAAGAUUGGUCGUAUUAUUACUGGCAUCCAUCUCACUCUGGGAUUGAGUUGAGAGAAUAUAUGGACGAUCUGUAUGAGUUGUUCAUUGUGCGCAAGCCCGAAUUAGAACUGUACCAGGGAAUCUUCAGCACAUUUCCCGACCUCCAGGAGUACUCAAUGAACGACAUCUACUCAAAGCACCCCGAUCCAACGAGAGGAUUCUUAUACAAAUGGAGAGGACGAGCAGACGAUGUGAUCGUGCUCAGUAACGGCGAGAAGCUCGCUCCCGCGCUUAUGGAGGCCGGUCUCAUGAGUAGUCCGUUAGUCAAAGGGGCUAUGGUUGUCGGCCGUGGCAAAUUCCAACCAGCAGCGCUUCUAGAUCUUGGCGAUGAACGACCAGAUACCGCCAGUGGACGUUUCGACAUCUUGAAAGACUUGUUGCCAGCUAUAGCUGAAGCCAAUAAACAUGCACCGGCACAUGGCAAGCUUGACCAAAAUCAUGUCUUGCUUGUAGAUCCAGCCCGUCCUAUCUACUAUCUUGGCCAAGGCAAGAUUCAAAGACAUCAGACAUAUAAGGCUUAUGAGGAGGAUAUUGAAAAUCUAUAUCUAGCAGCUGACAAUCUCGAUGACCAAAUGGAUUUGGACCAGUCUUUGUCUGGAGACUUAUCAAAGGUUGACUUCAGUGACUUGGACAGCAUCAAACAGUGGCUGAAGGACCUUAUUUUACUCCUUACUGAGAUGGAAGAUCUUCAACCAGCAGAUUCCUUUUUUCAAUCCGGCGUCGACUCAUUACAUGUCCUUCGAAUCAUCCGAGAAAUUAAAAUCCAGGUCAAGCUCUAUGGGGGAAGGCUGCUCCCAGAAAUGUUGACAUCCGGUGUUGUCUAUUCACACCCAUCCUUGGAUGAACUUUGCGAAUUCCUCUUCAAAAAGGCCAAUCUAACCCUUCGAGGACUAGACAGUGGAUACCAAAGUGUUGAUUCAGACGAUGAGGAUGUUAGACCGAAGUCCAAAGACAUGGAAUCAGUCUUGAAUGAAUACGUUGAAAGCCUACCAAGGAUUGAUAACCGGGUUGCGCCAGUGUCCGUUAGUCAGGGUAUGACUGUACUUCUUACGGGAAGCACCGGUUCUCUAGGCUCGUAUCUCCUCAACUCACUCAACAAUGAUCCUAACGUGGAACACAUUAUCUGUCUCGAUCGUACAUCCGCUGCUGAGAAGCACAAGGAGCUUGGACCCAGACGAGGAUUGGCACCACUCGAUUCGGACCGAGUAGAGUUCAUCAAGGCUGAUCUCUCUCAAGAUCAUUUGGGAGUUGAAGAGGAGCUAUAUAAUCGCCUUGUGGGAACGGUUACCCAUAUUAUUCAUUGUCAAUGGCCAGUAAACUUCAAUUGGACUCUAAAUUCUUUCAAGCCUUACAUAUCCGGAGUAAGAAACCUUGCUAGCCUAGCAGCAAGUUCAAGUCAUAAUGCAUUCUUGUUGUUCGUGUCGAGUGUUGCCGCUGUCGGUGGAUGGAAAGGCCCUGGCGAUGUUCCUGAGGUUCCUAUCCAUGAUCUUGGAAUGGCUGCUAAUACCGGCUAUGGGCAAUCGAAGCUCAUUGCUGAGUGUCUACUCGACAAGGCUGCUGAGCUUUCCGGUGUCCGCUCAGCAUGCUGUCGGGUUGGAAUUGUGGCUGGCCCUGUGGAACAACCAUUGGGCAUGUGGAACAAACAUGAAUAUAUUCCAUCGAUUAUCAUAUCAUCAGUUCAUCUCGGUGCUUUCCCGAAGACAUUUCCUUCGCGGGAUGAGAUUGACUGGUUGCCGGUAGACAAAUUGUCCAAAAUUCUUCUAGAAAUUUUGGCGUCAGCUUCUCAAUCCGGGGUCAAUGAAGAAAUAAUAGUCGAUACUAAAGAAAAUAACCCACGCACGAAGAUAUAUCACGUUGUCAACCCCUACCGCACCUCAUGGCAUGGGGACUUUGCGACGCACCUACGAGUCUCAUACCCUAGUGAUACUCCUCUUCAAGGAGUUACAUUUGAGGAAUGGGUAGGAAAACUAAAUCUAAGCGCAGAGGAGGCUGAAAAAGCCGACAAUGUCGAUAUUGAGCGCAAUCCAGCCAUACGACUGCUGCAAUUCUACGCCAAUGCAGCGACCAGUAAGGAGAAGGGCCGACGCCUUUGGCCGAUAGCUGCGGUGCAGGCAAGUGAGACUCUUCGGGCCCUUGGUCCUUUGGGCAGUACAUGGUUAGAAAACUGGAUGGUCCAGUGGGGUAUCAAGUCAAAUUAA